UAAACUGACGCGUUGGAAGACUCGGAUCGAUGUUCCGACGAGUCUACGUCGAGUUGUUGAGGAAAAACCUCAUUUUGGCUUCGUUUGCCGUGGGUCGAGGGAAAUCGGGGACCAUAAAUCGUGGAACUCGGGUUCUAGCACUUCAGCAUCCCUACGAGUUGAGGAAUCCUUCUCACCCCGGCAGUUCUGUUCCGACAGCUAUAAAUAGCUUAGCAACAUUGCUUAGAGAACGCAGUGUUCGAGCUUCAUUUGUCGCAGCUGACGGCAUAAAAUUGCUUGUUCCUUUAAUUUCUCCAGCAUCCACUCAGCAGUCUAUUCAGCUUCUCUAUGAAACAUGCCUCUGUAUCUGGCUUCUGUCAUAUUAUGGUAAGGCAGUUGAGUACAUGGCCACUACUAGGGUCCUUCCAAGACUUGUAGAGGUUGUAAAAGGAUCUACUAAAGAGAAAGUGGUUAGGGUUAUUGUAUUGACCUUCCGCAAUUUGCUAUCAAAGGGUGCUUUUGGGGCUCAAAUGAUUGAUCUUGGAUUGCCACAAAUAGUCCAAAGUUUAAAAGCUCAGGCAUGGAGCGAUGAGGAUUUAUUGGAAGCACUGAAUCAGCUCGAAGAAGGGCUCAGAGACAACAUCAAAAGAUUGAGUUCUUUUGAGAAAUAUAAGCAAGAAGUCCUUCUGGGUAAUCUUGACUGGUCUCCUAUGCACAAGGAUCCUGGAUUCUGGCGUGAGAACAUUACAAACUUCGAAGAGAAUGAUUUCCAGAUCCUGCGAGUCCUCGUCACAAUUCUUGAUACGUCGAGUGACCCAACAGCACUUGCCGUUGCUUGCUAUGACCUGUCCCAAUUCAUUCAGUACCACCCAGCUGGGCGGAUAGUUGCUACCGACCUCAAGGCAAAAGAGCGGGUCAUGAAGCUCAUGAAUCACGAAAAUGCUGAAGUGAGAAAGAAUGCACUCCUUUGCGUGCAGAGGCUUUUCCUUGGUGCCAAAUAUGCCAGCUUUUUGCAGCCUUAGAAGUCCUAAAAUGCUCUUCCGCCGAGCUUUGUUUUUUAUUUAAAUGUAUCGGUAGAUUAUGCUGUGUAGUGAAGAUUCAGCCACUCUGUCGUUAUUGCAAAGCCAAAGCUAUACGUCUGAAGGGAGAAGAUUUCUUUUCUUUUUUUUCUUUUUUUUUUUUUUUUUUUUAAUUUUCGGAUUGAAAUUGGGGAUCCAAGAGUAUUUUAUGUUUUUUGCUUGCUCUAUGUAAUAAAUCUUUGCUGUUUGUUUUCUGCACCCAAUAAUACAUAUUUUGCCAUGCUGCCUGAUUUCUUGCGGCAUUUGAGUGUGAAA